CAAAUAAUAGAAAGAGAUUAGAAGGAAUUCAAUUUGAGCGUAUGGCUUUACUUUUUUCCCUCCACGCUUCCGCUGCGGUUUGCCGUGGCGGUUAGAGUUCCGCCACGGUUCGUACGCUUUUUUUCCCCACUGUUAAUGGAAACUAACCUUCUUCCCGGCCAUGAGUUGCGUCGAAAUUAGCUCCCCUUAACCCCUUUCCGUCCCUGUCUUGCCUUCCCUGGCCACACUUGCGACUGUGUUGGUGUGAUCCGGCUCGCGCUCGCACUUUGGUCUACCAACAUUCGGGCGCGGAAAAGCUAGACUGGCACAAGAUGGGAGCAAAAAGAAAACACCGGUGGAUCGGCGGAAAACACAGGUCCGGUACGAACCUGUGGGUUUGCCUGUUGGGUUGUGAGAGCUUCACAGAUCACUUCCCAAAAGGUUCGCCUCAUUCGCGUUCUGGCACUCGCGCCGACGGUUAGCAAAAACGGUACCGACAAACAGCCCGAAACGCAGCGGAACGUGCACGACCGAGCCAGUAGAUGUGAUCCGUGACUGUGAUCAACCUAGACGCUGUGACUUUAGAGCGUGUCUCGUGGUCUUUCCGCAAAGGAAUGUGUGAGUGUGUGUGUGGAAGUGUGUGACAUUUUGGUGUAGAUUUCAUGUUUAAUGCUUCGGGUUUCGCUUUUCGAUUGUAAUUGUGUGAACUGAAUCCGGCGCCACGAAGUACCCAGCAGGACAAAGAUCAUCUAGUGCACAGUGAAGGAUCGCACGUGUGUCAACCCGCUCGAUGCUAUGUAUCCGAAGGAUCGGAACCUGUUGUGGGUCCUGCUAGUGACAGCAGGACACCUGUUGAUGGUGCCCAUCUGCAAGGCCUCCGAGCAUGCGGCCGGACCGAUCGGUCGAAAGUUGAACCACGGGCUAGCUGCCAUGCACCACAACCAUCUUAUGGGCGGGUUGGGUGAGAGCGUAAAAUUCAGUGCCAACAGUGUUCCGCACGUGCUGCCGUAUGCAGUCCCGGCGGCCUGGCGUAUCUCGGCUACCGUCAGCACACCGCUUGCCAGCAGCUGGGGAGUACGGAAACCGCUCGCAAAACCGGCGCGUGGUGUUGCUGUUGCUGCUGCUGCUGCUGCUGGGGGCAGUCGGAGCCGCAUCAACAAUCGGUCAAUGACUCGCUUUUCUGAGGUCGAAAUUCCACCCGGCUUGGAGCAGCAACUUGAUGCGCCGGAACUGCAGAGACCGGAGCCGGCCGAUGAGACCGGGCUGGUGGAGCUGUACCGCAGUGCGGAACGAUCGCGCGGGAUCGAGAACCUCUUCUGGAAGUACUUUGUCGAUAAUGACGUUUCCGCCUCGAUCGAAGAUGAGGACGACAACGACGCUGAUGAUGAUAGCGGCAUCGGAGCAAUCGACAAGAACGCGCUGCAGUCGGGCGACGGGUCCGCGAAAGGGGUGGAAGGACGCAAGAAGAAGUUCCACCUGAAGAAAAAGUACAAAAAGUUUCUAAUACCGCUACUGUUGGCGUACAAGAUAAAGUUCCUUGCACUGGUUCCGGCCAUCAUCGGUGGGCUGAUACUGUUGGUGAAGUCAGCCGGGCUGGCCGGAUUCUUCUUCGCGCUCUUUACGGCCGUGGUCAGUCUGAAGAAGUACUAAGCCACCGUACGGGUACGGAAAUGGGCGAAGAAGACUAGGAAGAAACACAAACUGUCAUUACCCUGUCCCGAGCAGAAGGAAACCACCGCGAGAAGAAAGGGGGGGAUCGUCACAUCGAUCGUUCCAUUCGAUCGUAGGGGCUAUAGCUGCGGACAUCCCCCCAGUGGCAGGCAUCCAGCAACGCGGCUCGGGUCGUCCUCUAAUUUAUUAUCGAUUUUCGUAGGCUUAAUAGGGCAGGACGUGUGACGGGUCGGCAACCAACGAACGGGCGUCCAUAGACGGGCGUCAAUUAGAAAAUAGCAAACGCAUUGCGUAGUGUGUAGGUAAUAGGGCAGGCCGCCAGACGGGACGCCACGGACAAGGUUCCGAAGCAAAGGAGCAGAUGGCCCCCAACGGUCGGCCGGGCCUUUGAAUAGUGCGUCAAAGAUUUCUUUUGUUUGUUUCGGGUUCGAUAGGUUUCGGCUCAGCAAAGGAAGGCGGCUCUCGUUGCGUUCAUUCAGCGGCACGAGAAAAGGUAUAAAAUGUUAGGCUAGGUUAGGUAUGUCUUAAGGUCGAGGUUUUUGUUUUAUGUUUUAUUAUUUAUUCCGUGCUUUACACGAUGCGAUGCGUUUGCCCGUGGGGCAGUUUACCGGUUUACCCGGGGGGAAAAUAGGUUGAUGCGAGGCGGACAGUACUGCGGUCUGUUUUUUUUUUGUUUCUGAACUGUGUAAGGUGGAACAAAACAAAAAUAAAACAAAAUAUGGUGCGCGAAAGAAAAGUGUAGAUAAUUAAAACUGAAACCAAACUCUCGCGUCUGGCGCAUUUCUUCUGUCGAAAGGUAUUUUGGCUGUCAAAAAUAUGAUCGCUUGGGUAGGGUAAGCAGAGGGAACGAUCAAUGUACACGUGCACAUGCGUUGCUAGACGGUCCUUAAGCAUCCGACACUCGGAUGGGAUGUACAAUCGGCUUGAAAAGGGUGUCCGAAGCAUUAAUAUUG